GCGGCCCUCAGGUGAAAGAGGCGGCUGGGCGGGCGAGUGGGUCGCUCAGCCCUGCUCCUUCUUUUUUUUUUCUCUCUCUCUCUCUUCUCUCCCUCUCCGUCCCCUCACCCCGGGAAGGGGGCGAGGGAAGAAGGAACCUGAGGCGAAAAUGAACGUGAGGAACUGUGGAUGAAACAAUAUGCUAAGGAGCUUGCUUUUUAUGUCUGAGUGUCACCGUCCGGAGUUAACUUGUGAAAAGAACACAAAAUGAAAAUGCUUCCUGGCGUGGGGGUGUUUGGGACUGGGAGCUCAGCUCGGGUGUUAGUACCUCUGCUAAGAGCAGAAGGCUUCUCCAUCGAGGCACUCUGGGGGAAAACUGAAGAGGAAGCAAAGCUACUAGCUGAGGAAAUGAACAUUUCCUUCUACACAAGUCGGACAGAUGAUGUCUUGCUGCACCAGGAUGUCGAUUUGGUUUGCAUCAACAUUCCCCCACCACUAACGCGAGAAAUUGCUGUGAAAGCUCUAGGUAUUGGAAAGAAUGUAAUAUGCGAGAAAGCUGCUACUUCUGUGGAUGCUUUCAGGAUGGUCACAGCUGCCAGAUAUUACCCCAAACUUAUGAGCAUUGUAGGCAAUGUCCUGCGGUUCCUACCAGCUUUCGUCAAAAUGAAGGAAUUAAUAGAAGAGCACUAUGUGGGCAACGUUCUGGUCUGUGACGUGCGCGUAUACUGGGGUAGCCUUCUCAGCCACAAGUACAACUGGAUCUGUGAUGAGUUGAUGGGUGGGGGUGGGUUGCACUCUAUGGGGACUUAUAUCAUAGAUCUCCUCACUCACCUGACAAGCCGAAAGGCAGAGAAAGUCCAUGGGUUGCUGAAAACCUUUGUGAAGCAAAACUCUGCCAUCAGUGGCAUCCGCCAUGUCACCAGUGAUGACUUUUGCUUUUUCCAGAUGCUGAUGACAGGAGGCAUUUGUAGCACAGUGACUUUGAACUUUAACAUGCCUGGGUCAUUUGUCCAUGAGGUCAUGAUUGUUGGGUCAUCUGGACGCCUUAUAGCACGUGGGACGGAUUUAUACGGCCAGAAGAACACUGCUCCCCAGGAAGAGCUCCUGCUUGCAGACUCUCUGAAUGUCCAUACAGGGCUUUUGGAAAAAGGAUUCAAAGACAUUCCCCUUCUGUACCUCAAAGGGAUGGUAUACCUAGUGCAAGCAUUACGUCACUCCUUCCAGGACCAGGAAGACCAGCGCACCUGGGAUCCUGAACCAGUGGCGAUGGCAGCUUCGUUUGAAGAUGGCCUUUAUAUGCAAAGUGUAGUGGAUGCUAUUAAAAAAUCCAGCCGGUCUGGGGAUUGGGAAACUGUGGAGGUAAUGACCGAGGAGCCAGAUGCCAAUCAAAACCUCUGUGAGGCACUACAGAGAAAUAACCUAUAACAGAAACAUUCCUGGAGAGCAGAACCAUUGGAAAUGUAUCCAUCUUAAAGAUUUCUGUUUCUUAUUAGGGUGGGCAGGAUGGGAGGAGGAAUAAUGGGGAAUUAUACUUGUCGGUAAACCUCUAAGGAAAUGCUUUUGGUUUUUAAACUCGGAGAGUUUUAAAUGUUGCAGAUGUGUGUGUCAUUGGUUAUUUUAAAUCUAAAUUUUCUGAACUGUGUAUCACUAGGAAAACUUGAAUUGCCCUUUGCACUCAGCAGUAGCUAAAAGAAAAGAGCAGAGUCUCUGCCAUUGUCUUCCCUUCUGUCCACAGCUCACGUAUAUUUUAAAACUAAACAUGGUGGCAUGCAGUGCUAGAGAAGGCUGGUGUUUUCUAAUAGGAACACAAGUUAUUUUUUAGGAUGCUGCCUGGAAAAUGCUGCCAAAACGGGAUGUGAUAGAGCAAAUCUUUAAAUUCAGUCCUUUGGGAGGUCAGAAGGGACCACUUGCAGCCUCUCCAGUUCAGGGUUAAGCUAGGUGUCGCACACGUUUCUUUUUCAUUCAUCCUUCCUAUUUGCACAUAAAGCAAAUGGGGGAUUACUGUUACUUUUCAUUGUAUGUCAUCUAGGAGAGGGACCCUGAACUCUCUCAUGCCUUAACGCCUCAGUAAAUUGCUCCAGCUUUCCCCCUCUAUUUCAACAUUCUGUUAUUGGAAAUAGAGAAAGAUACUUGAAGCAAUAGACUGUGAGUAGGUAAAGGUGCGGGAGGAGAGAGGAUUCUGCACCACUUCUGCAGUCGUUCUGUGAUUAAAAGAACACACCCUACAAACCUCUUGGCUUUAUUGUAAACAAGAUAAACACUUGAAUUAUGUUUCCAUCUGCCUACUUUGGGCCUUGGUUUCAAAUUUAGACUGUUCCUUGAGACGAGCUGUUCUCUCCCUGCUUCUAGAAUUGGAAUGUUUUGUUGAGCUCACCUGCUGUUUGUGCAAAUCAGUGCCCCUCUCCCCUGGCGGAUGUCCCAGACUUUUGCAUUUCUUUUCCUAUGUUCUCUCCUGCCCUGGCCAGUGCUACCAAACGCCACCAAUUUGGACCAACUCCAAUAUGUAAAAUAUAAGAAUUCAGAAUGCUGGUGUAGACUGCCUGGUAGCACAGAAGCCAAACCUACAGCCAGCUUUACCAGUCAGAACAUUUGACAAGUCAGUGAUCAAUCUAGCUAUUUAAUGAGGCUAGUAUCUAAUUUGUCAAGGGAUAUGAAGUGGGAUAGAAAAUAAAUAUCCCUUUGCUGUCCUCAACUGUAUGCUGGUAGGGAUAGUUGUUUCCUGGAGACGCUAAGUUAAAGAACAGUUUUGGUUAGAUAAAAGGAUUUAAUCUAAACACAGGACAAUGUUCCCCAUCCCUUCCCCCUCUGUCUUGUAUCCUGUGGGAAUCUUGGUGCUAUUUGCAGAGUCGAUCUUACACAACUACCAGAUCUCAGAGUUGUUCUUCACUGGGCUGAAACUGAGAAAGGGCAGCUAACUUUUAUAUGAAACAUGUUGUUUACUUGAAUUUUUUAAAAUUGUUUUCCUACUAGGUUUUAAUCCUGUACAUUAAUAUAAAGCAUUAACAAGCAACCUUUUAUGUGUUCUUGUAGAUAGUGGUGACGUGUUAUGGAAGAGAAACUAAGACCAGAUAAA